AUUUCCACAUCUCAAAACACAGAGUGGGAUGGGCUCGACAGUCAGACUCGUGAGGAACACUGGAGUAACGCGGGACUCGUUGUUGUGUUCGUGAUUUAGGCUACACGCGCAUCCUUUGCGACUGGAGGAAUCAACACCAAACAUCCAGGCAAGUAGACUUAUAUGUUUAUGUAAAUAGCUUGAUGACAACAUUUUUGAAAAAAAAUAGGAAUAGGAAAAAAAGAAAAGCAUGUCAUUCUGAUUUCUAGCUGGCCUAUGAUGUUGUUUACUUUCCCAUUUCUUAUCACAAUUUGCUAUCCAUCGACAUAUUGUUGUAUUCAGUUAAGUCCGAAAUUAUGAUUGUAAAAUACAUUUAAUUUAGUUAAGCUACUGCGCACUAACCAAAUGUUAAAGGUGGGGAUGGUUGAAAAGAGGGCCAGGUUAAGUUUGGACUCAUACAGCCCUUGAUCAUAUUCAGCACCACGAGACAGUGGACAGCGCCACUGAUUUCAACUGCGUAUUACGAUAAUCCCGUGAGCGACCAUCCCCCUAAAUGCUUAGAUAUCUUUCCUCUGGGGUUACAAGAGCGACAAAACAAACAUGUUUUGGUAGCUAUAUUUCAAUAAACUUAUGGGCUAGACUAUAUGUUUUGCAUUCAUUGCUGGAUUUUGGGGGAAUGGUCUAAAAUCAUUGACAAACCAUCAAUCUUAAGAAUUCAUACAUGUGGCGGAAAACUUUUGAUAUUAGGCCUACCUUUGAUAUUAAAAAGGGGGAGAGCGGGUAAGAAAAACAAAACAACAACUAUAAUAACCUUAAUCCAAGUCACCAUGAAGCACAUCUCAUACUGUAACAUAAACAUGGACAAACAUGGUCAGCAUUUGCAGAAACAGAUAUUAUAUGGAUAUUAAGGAACGUUUUGCCAUCAUAAAUUGGCUGAUGUGAGCUGUCUGUAUUUUCUCUGUAAAUAAUGUGUGUAUUUAGAGUGCACUGAAAGGGAUGUUAUCGACCACCAACAGCAAGUGAAAGCUUUUACACCUUGCCAUUGUUAUGGGUCUUUUAUGGGUAUUUUAUGCACACCAUAAUGUUCAGGUUGAUAUGGAUAAUCUAUGUUGGAUUUAGGGGAAAUCUAUCAGAGCAAUUUAUAGAUCUGGACAUUUUCAGAUGUGGUUUUAUUGGAGAAACUGUAAUGUAUUCGUUUGUGAACAUCAUCAAAAGACAGAUAAUUAGACACCUUGAAACACAUAGUUUCUAUCAUCAUCCUGAAUGCUCACACACACACACACACACACACACACACACACACACACACACACACACACACACACACACACACACACACACACACACACACACACACACACAAACCAUACACGAUACCUACACAUACAUACACGAUAUGUCCUGGUCAAUAAGCUUAUUUUCUCUGUUUUUAUAUGGCUUUCAAUAAAUGAUUAUGUGCCAUACCAUAUGUCAACCCACUCAGAGGAAGAGAUUGGAUUAUAUAACUCUCCAUACAGUUGACUGACCUAAAGUGCACACUCUAAAUAGCUGAACAGAUCUGCAGGGUAUGGCAAGCUCAUAUUUUAACAAGAUAACUAAUUUAGUUAUGAAAGCCCACUGAGUGGGUAUAAUGGUUUCAUUUAAUUCAAGUGGUUUUAUUUGUUAUUUGCAUUACACUUAGACGUAAGGUUAUUUCUGAGCUGGGAAUUAUCUCACGAUACUGCAUCCUCAAUCUGUUCAAUCUGUAUUUAGUCUGCCUGCUUGGCUUGAGUGUGCACUUUAGGGCAGUCAACUUUAUGGAACGUUAUAUGAGAGUGGAAAAAUAUUUUUGUUUGAAAAGACCACCUGAAAUUUCAGACUGUUUUGGUGGGAUGGCGUUUUGGCCUGCUUGGUGACACCACCAGGCGGUAAAUUAGUUAAUAGACCAAUAACAGAGAGUGUUCCAAAACUCUCUGCCAAUAACAGCUCAUUUCAGUUUUCCCCUCCCACUCAGACUCUCCCAGACAGUCCUAGCAAAAUUCCUGUUUGAGAAAUUGCUCUUUGCUAAGAAGCUAUUUUUGUUUCUUUUUAUCAUUUUAAUUUAAAACAAUCACAGCAUGGUACUUAAUUGUUACCCAGAAAUGAUUUGAUAUUGAGAUAAACGGCUGCAAACCACUAGCAGAGAUGAGUAACCUUGCCUGCAGAACAGAAAAUGAAUGUUAACUCCCAGAGCUGAGGUCUAUAGACUUUAGCUUGGUGGGGUAACAUAGUCUUGAGUUGUGCAGAACACCCGUGUUUGAUACCCAGUUUAUUGCAUAAGUUCCAGCCGUAGGACCAAGGCCAGGAACAUUGUGAACAACACAGCCAGGUCACUCGUGAUACAAGUCAGUAUUAGACGCACAUCUAUAUCCGAGGACGUCAGGAGAUGAUGUCAAAACCAGCCACUAGGGGCAACAGUGAGCGCUGUUACCUUCAAGAAGGUUUAUGGUUGAUGUUUUGUGAUGUGAACAGGGAUGGGGGAUGGGUGUGAGCAUCUGCCUCUGGUGCCAAAGGUUGCAUGUUUGAAUCCUGCUAUAGAAAGUUGUUUUUGAGAUUUCUUUCCCAAACCUUAACCCUUACCUUAACCAUUUGGAGUUAAUGCCUUACAAAUUCGCUUCCGGUAAGCAUCUGCCUCUGGUAAGCAUCUGCCUCUGGUGCCAAAGAUUGCAUGUUCAAAUCUAGCAAUAGAACGUUGUUUUUUUACACCUUAACCCAUACCUUAGCCAUUCGGAGUUAAUGCCUAACCUUAAGAGUUCGGAGUUAAUGCCUAAACUUAGCCCUAACCUUAAAAAUUCUGAGUUUCACUUCAAAAUAUGACGUUUGGAACAACUUCGAAAUGUCAUGCUUGAGAAACAUGGACGGACAUCUAAUUCUGACGUGAGACUGUAAGAGCUGCUGUUGCAGCAAUAGCCAGAGCGCCAGACGGCUCCCGUUGUUGUACAUCUUAUCUACCAAGGCAUAGAUGAAAACCUCUCUGUGAAUCUGAGGCUGUCAACCCUCCACAGCCCUUAUUGGUCUCUAUCUGCUAAGGGAUCACCAGGGUCACAUUUGCCUGCAUGGAAAAUGUAAUGUUUUAAAAUAUUUUGCAAAGGAAAGCGAAAAUUAGUGCUUCUUAUUUGACAGGUCCAGGUAGUCCGACACCAUUUCGGUCCAUUUUCUUUGACCUUUUCUUUGAGAAGGAGGUUCACAAGCACUGCUGAGAUUCAAUCAGCAUUGAAACACCGUAUGGACAUGACAUGAUAACAACUAUUGGGCAUAGCAAUGCACAAACUUGAUUGCAUUUCCCUGACAUUGAUUGCUGCUGAUGUGCACAGAGACAACGGCUCACGUGCGCUUGUUCAUAUGGGAGCACACCUGACCAUGUCUCAGUCUGUGGUACACUCCCCCCACACUGCCCUAGGCCACUCCCAAAGUAAACAACAUUGACCUUUGUUAUGUUGCAGGAGGAAAACCCUCCUAUUGCACUCUCGGAAGAUGCAGAACACAGAACUGUCUGCAAAUGUAAUUGGCCCCAUUUAGCCUGUGUCUUCCUUGCAGUCAUUUUCCUCUGUUGCUAAGUCUGUUGCUAGGGCAUGGUUUGGUUGGUAGCUCUGCGACUGUGCCUGCUGCCUAAUCUGAUUCUACUCUGAAGCUGUGUGCCUGUGUGCCAGCUAUCCAGAAGCGGGUAGAAACAAAAGGAAAACAUAUCGAGGCAUAAAAUGCUGGCGUACUGCGGUUUUAUUGUGAUGCUCAUGACACACUACUCAGUUGCCUUAAGAGGUACAAAAAGCUGAGCUAAUUUCAGGUGAACUUUUGGGGUGUUCUCAUAUCAGGGCUGGGGGACCUACAUUACCAAAAGUGCAUACAAUCUAGUAUAAAACCUGCCUUCAAGUAUUCUAUUUUGUGGUUUAACUGAUUUCCUUGCCCUUACUUGCUGAAAACAUACCUGUUGUCACGCCCUGACCUAUAGAACUCUAGUUAGUUUGGUCAGGGUGUGAAUAUCAUGUGUGUGUUGAUUCUAUGUUUGUAUUUCUAUGUUUGGCCGGGUGUGGUUCCCAAUCAGAGGCAGCUGUCGCUCGUUGUCUCUGAUUGGGGAUCAUACUUAGGCAGCCAGUUUUCCUGCCUGUGUUGUGGGAUCUUGUUUUGUGCUCGGUGAGUUUGGCUUGUGUGUAUAGCCUUCCGACGUCACGUCAAGUUUAGUUUAUUGUUUUGUUGAGUGUUUAUUAAGUUUAAAUAAAUGUAUGCAUAUCACGCUGCGCCUUGGUCCGUCCCGUCUAUGAACGAACGUGACAGAAGAUCCCACCACCAAUGGACCAAGCAGCGUGCCCAGGAGGAGCAGAGAGUAUGGACUUGGAGGGAAAUAAGAGAGGAUCUGGCCAAGCAGAUGGAGGCCCUGAAAGGAAUCAGGGUGGAGAAGGAGAGACAGCCCCAAUACAUUUUUUUCGGGGGGCUAAAAGGGUGGUCGGGGAGCGACAGAGAGGAGCCCUGACCACUGCACUCGUGGGGGCUCAAAGAGGAGUCCUCACUGGAGGAGGACGGGGCGCGGAGUGUAAAGGACGGAGACAGUCGUAGACCUCCAGCGCCGGUUCCCAGUCCGGUACGCCCCGUACCUGCUCCUCGCACCAGAACUGUGGUGCGUGUUUCCAGUCCGGCACGGCCCGUGCCCGUUCCACCGGUGCCUGGUCCAGCUCCGGUCAACGGUUCCACUCCGGAGCCAGAGCAGUCCGCUCCACCGGUGCCCAGUCCAGCUCUGGUCAACGGUUCCACUCCGGAGCCAGAGCAGUCCGCUCCACCGGUGCCAAGUCCAGCUCCGGUCAACGGUUCCACUCCGGAGCCAGAGCAGUCCGCUCCACCGGUGCCUGAUCCAGCUCCGGUCGGUUGCUCCACUCCGGAGCCGGAGCGGUCCGCUCCACCGGUGCCCAGUCCAGCUCCGGUCAGCAGCUCCACUCCGGAGCCAGAGCAGUCCGCUCCACCGGGAUCCGGUGCAGCUCCGGUCAGCGGCUCCACUCCGGGUCCAGACGUUAGCCCCUCUCUAGGUUCGGCGUCUCCCACACCAGGGUCCAGACAGGGAUCGGUGCAUCGUGGGAGGACUGAGAGGGGAAGCUCCGCGUUGAGGUCCAGACCGGUCCAGGGGUGCAACGCGGAGUCAGUAAGGGAGGAGACGGCAAGCCCGGAGCCGCCACCGAGGCUGGAAGCCCACCAGGACCCUCCCCUGUUAAGUCAGGUUUGUGCGGCCGGAGUCCGCACCUUUGGGGGGGGGUACUGUCACGCCCUGACCUAUAGAAUUCUAGUUAGUUUGGUCAGGGUGUGAAUAUCAUGUGUGUUGAUUCUAUGUUUGUAUUUCUAUGUUUGGCCGGGUGUGGUUCCCAAUCAGAGGCAGCUGUCACUCGUUGUCUCUGAUUGGGGAUCAUACUUAGGCAGACAGUUUUCCUGCCUGUGUUGUGGGAUCUUGUUUUGUGCUCGGUGAGUUUGGCUUGUGUGUAUAGCCUUCCGACGUUUCGUUUAUUGUUUUGUCGAGUGUUUAUUAAGUUUAAAUAAACAUGUAUGCAUAUCACGCUGCGCCUUGGUCCGUCCCAUCUAUGAACGAACGUGACACCUGUAGUGAAGACAUGAUAGUCAGGGUACACAGUGUAUUUCAAGAUGGGUGUUUGCUUGGGGAUAGGGACAGCAGAUGUCCUGAGCUAUAUAUACCAACAUCCUGGGUGCCAUGCAGUCAAAAUAAAGAGAUAGCAUCUGGAUGGUAAGAGGGAAAAAGAAGUCCGGAUUCAGGAAAGCGAUAACGAAUCAGACCUUAGGGGUCAAUUACGUCAUUCUUGAUAUAAAAAAGAGAAGACCAAACACGUACACACUUACAUAACCAACCCCUUUAAGCGGUGAUGCUAAGAGGCACAACAUUCAACAGGAGAGAGGGAAUGGAUAAGGAAUGGAGUGACGUUAUAAUGUGCAGUCAGGCAUUAUGGGAACCUUGAAUUAUUCAGCCGUCAAACAUCAAUAAAACAUACACUUUUGUACUGGAUCCUGGAGGCCUUUCUAUGUCUAUGUCAAAAUGGAAAGGGUGAAAUGAACUACGUGUAUAGGGUCUAUGAAAAUCAAUAUACAACCAUACACUAUUAUUCUGUAAUUCUUAUCUCAAUAUUCAGUGAGCGGUUUGCCGGUGUGUUACUCUCUGGUGUCAUCUUUUUGGCAGGAAAAAGACUCUUGGCACAGGAUCCCAAAAGGAAGAAAUGAUGUCAUAUUUCUGUGGUGUAUCUUGGCAGAAUUACUCAUGGCACCGAGGAAAACCUUAGUCAGCCUCUCUCUACUAGAUGUUUGAAGAUGCUGCUGUCUGUUUUCCACCUAGUGGGACAUCAUUUAGAAAUAAAUUAAGAGUUAGAACCACACCCAGUUCCUCUCUGCAGCAUCAUUCACGACUAGAUUUCAAUCAUCAUUCCAUUAUAUCGAUACAUAAUUGGAUAAUGGAUUUUAGGUUGUUGUAUUUUUUGUGGCACAUGCAUGUGAAGGACAGUAAGCCUGGGUUUUAUUGGAUUCAAGAAACGGUCUCAUGCCUUUGUUACAUGUUUGAGGAAAUACAUGCAAACUAUUUUCAAGUAAAGAAUAUAUAUUUUCAAUCUGGUAGCCUACAUUUGAUGUGGGGCUCACUGGUUUAAUGACCAAGGUCCGGUCAGUGUCUGUGCCAUCUGUGCCAGGCAGGGGUGGACGUGGGCGGGGGUGACAUGAUUUACGUAACAGAUUUCGGACAGAGUCGCCCUUGUUCGUAAAGGGAUCAGUGCCAGUGUGCCACGUCAGGAUGCCUCGGACAGAAAUACAUCUCACCUAGUUUUACUUUUCUCACAGAUCCAAAGGGGGAAACGCAGUGUGAAGCACAAUGGGACCGUUCCAGGAAUAUGAGGUGCGUGUCAUUGCAACACUUUGAAAUCAUUUUGAAUCUUAACAAUUCAGCUAAUAUUUUUGUUAAAAUAUCACAUAAUGAGAAUGAUAAUAGCCUACAGUUAUCUAAUCUAGACUGUCACAGUCACAUUAGUAGACCAUCAUUAUUUAAUGACUGUGUUGCUGUGACAGAGCAAGUAAGACAAAAACAAAAUUCAUAUGAAUUUGAUUUGUUCUUGUCGCAAAAAUUCAAGUGGUGAGCAUAGUUGUGAUACCUGUAUGGUUCUCAGGAAAAGAAGUCACCAGGGAAGGAGAGCCCCCGCAGCCGCAUCCCACGCUUGAUCCUCCAUCCUUUCCACCCUAAUGAGAAAGGGUUGCCCCUGUCCGAAUCCCCCAUUUCUGAGGAGGAGGGUAAGGACUGCGACAUCAGCUCAGACAACUCCAAACGGACCAUCAGCACCAACAGCUUUUGCUCAGGUAUGUGGUUCCCAUGUUUCAGAUCAAGGUUAGGUUGCAUCCUAAAAGUCUAAAAUAGAUUCCUCUUCUAAUCUCACUACAUUUAGCUGAAAACAUAACAUUUAUGGGAAUUUGCUUUCACCUGUCACUAUUGUCACAUUGUUGAUGGCAGCCAGGGCAGUUCUGGCAAUGGCAGAUGGGCUGGUCUGUCUUUAGCUCAGUGGGUCUAUCUAAAUAUCAUUUUUGUGUGCAGAAUUAAUGGCCGCCGGUGUGUUAGAAAGGCCCAGGACGAUUUCUGAUCCCAGUCCAUCCCUGCAGCCAGGGUUCAUCAUGUAAAAAUGUCUGAAUUCAUGCCAACACACUGCUAUGUAGGCCGAAUCCACAUCUUAUCACACACUAGUCAGGGCAUUGAUUACAUAAUCAUGCAUUGGAGGUUUUGUGAGUGUUGCCAAGUCAAAUUAUGUAAAGAUAAGUCCUCAUCAUAUGAAAGCUAGUUGAUUACUGUUGUUUCAAUCAACUAACAUACUUUUUUUUGUAGAUGAUGACAUCAACUGUUGAAACAAAUCUGAAUUACACAAGUCUACUAACCUACCAUAAACAACAAAGUUGGCAAACAUAACAAAGUUGGCAUAAUAGUUGGCAUUAUUCCAGAAAUGACCUAGCCUUCUAUAGUAGGCCUAGGUUAUUUUCUCUAUUGACAUUAUUUUGACAACAGUUAAACCUAACCAAAAUUAGGUUACAACAUAUUGAUGUAUAUUGAAUAACAUUAAGUCAUCAUGGAAGUUUCUUGUCACCCCUUUCACCUCCCUUCUGCUUCCAUAACACAGUGCUGUGGUGUUGGUAAUAUGAGCACUGUUGGUUGGAUGAGUUACAGUAUGAACAGAUAAGAGGGACUGAACCCCGAGCUCUGAAUGAUUGAUUGACUGCUGUGUGUUCCGUGCUGCAUGCGUAUUCUUGGCUGUACCUGUUUACAUAGAUGACACCGGCUGCCCCAGUAGUCAGUCUGUGUCCCCCUCCAAAACCCUGUCAGGCUCAGACAACAGUCCGCAUGGCUCACCCACACCCACCGCUGAGUGCAAGACCAAGGUGAAGAGGGUGAGGGUGAUGGCAGAGUGGCAAGCAUCCCCGCCGAGGCACAAGAAGGAGCAGCGAUCCUCCACAUUGCCCAGAGGUAGGCUACUACAGGGAAUGGCUUCAGGUUGUUUUUUUUGUAGGUGGGGUUUGGAGGCUCAUACAUACGUUGUCCUAGCAGAUCUUAGGCUUUUCUCUCAAUUCUGAUUCUGAUAUGUAUUUGUUUGAUUGAGGUACUAACUGUCAAUUAAAAAAAGAUCUACAAAAUAGAUCAACGUCAGAGUAAAAUAUAUAUGAAAUAACCAUGUGAAAUGGUUUCUUGUAGACCAGGGUUGUGCUCAAUUCGAAUUGAAUGCAGUCAAUUCAGGAAGUAAACUAAAAUCACAAUCCUAUAAUAGAAAAAAUGGCUUUUAUUUUCAAUGACUUCUCAAUAAAUUCAAAAGCAGAAGUUAUUUAUUUCUAAAGUUUUUAAAUGUCUGCAUUUUAAAUUCAAAUCAUUUCUUGAUUGACUGCCUUUAACUUAAUUGAACCCAACCCUGAUUUCUACAUGCUUUGUAUGUAUACACUAUCUGCAUAGUAUUGUUUUCAUGUAAUUUUAAUCUCAAUUGCAGAACACCCAUUGGAGGAGACAGUCAGAGGGGCAGGACCUCUGGCUUUCUCAUCCAUUGGAUUUUGAGAAGGAGGCGAGACACUAAAAGCUUAUAAAAAGUUUUUAAUGAGUACGCAAUUGAGACUCUCCCUAUGGCUAAAUCCCAAAUAUCUCUCCUACCUUCCACAGUGUACACUUGUUCACUUCCCUUCAUGGAUUUGAAGGAACCGACUGGUAUAAGCAAUAUGGUAGAAACUUCCUCUAGCCCAUGCCUACACCAAUCCAAUGCUUUUACAUUUCUGGGGAGUAGUGAAUGAGUGCAGGAAGAAGGAGAUAUUAUUGGGACGCACUCAAUGGUUGUGUUCCCCUGCACAGACAUUGCAUGCAUUAACCAAUGGUUGCAUGUCACUUCAUCGACUGUGCCUUUGGGCACCAGAUUGCUAUGACAUAUGAUGUGGUUAGCUGAUAUGUAAAAUACUUAUGCAGGCUUUGUAAAAUCUGGCAUGUGUCAGCAACGUCUGUGCAGAGGAAUGCCAACAAUGAGGGGAUUUGAUUAAUCUGGGCCGGGCACCCCGUUUUAAAGCCCACGUUGAAGUUGGCUCAAAACAAAAGUGAUGUAAUUAAGCACAUGGAGUAAUGAGUAAGACUCUGUGUUUUCACAUGCAAAAGUGAUUGCUUUUGAUAAAAAACGAUUUAUCUGCCAAAUUAAAAAUAGUUAGAAAAUACAAAUAUAUACUGUAUGGAAAAGAGAUGUAUGUUUCUGGACAAUGCGCCAUGCUGCCUUGUUUGACGGCAUGACCGAGCAGUGCAGAUUACUGUUUGAUUUGAGAAGGGCACUCCUCCCUCACCCCUUUUGCCCGUUCAUGUCACGGGCCAUAUACUGGUGCCCCGAGGCUCAGCCUAAUUGAAUCCGCCCAACGGCUUGAUCAAGGUUCAAAUCCAGAGAGGCUGCUGAUUGGAUAAUUAAUGUUGGACCUGAGGUUUUCCAGUUAGGCUGAUUAGCAGUAGUUGACUUCACUUAUUGGUUGGCAGCACAUUGUACCUGCAAUUGACUCACUCACCCAGUGUUGAAGGUUCAGUUUUGUUGUUAGUUAAUCAUAAAUUCACAGUGAGCACUUUACUAUGGUUUUAUCGAAUGGAAAUAGAUGCUACUCAGGUAUGUCAUGUUUUCACAGAAAAUACAUCAUUAGUGUCCCAUGCUUCCUUUCCUUACAGAAGGUUACCAAUCAUUGAUAAGGGAGAAAGAUGUUCUACCCACAUAGUGAGUUGUCAUACUGGCUCAUUCUGAGUGAUUAUUUUGUUUGAUGGAAUGUCUGAAUGCAGUAUUGCAAAAGUAUUUAUGUACUAAUUUAGCAACAUGUCUUCAGAGAUUCUGAGAUUAUUUAUGGAUUGAUUUGGUACAGCUGUAGGUACAUUAGGUUAGGUUGACCCUGUUCUUUUCAUUAGAUUAAUCUUGUCUGAAUUUUUACUAGAUGAUGAUAUGCUUAAGCUUACUAUGUUUGGUUUUCUAGGUAUUACCUGGAUUAGAUUUAGAUUAUUUUUUUGGUAUAUAGUGGUUGAUAAUAUAUAUAUUUGUUUUUUACAUAACUUUGCAUCGGCCCUUCAUGUCUGCUCACGUCAGUAGGUUACUGUAGUGCGUAGGGGAUGGAGGGAGAGGUUAGAGAAUGGGAUACCACAGCCUGUCCUGCAACCAUCAGACAGGUGUUGAGUGACAGAUCUCACGGUUGCCUAGCCCAAUAAUUGACAAAAGGAGCCUAAUGUUAUUCCUUAUAGCCCAAGCAACUCGCAUGUUCUGUUUAGAGGUGAAUUGGCUCUGGCAGCCAAACCAGCCAAAUACUCCAUCUAAACAUGAAUUGAUUCUCUAUUGCGGUACGGUUCUAGAAACAUAAAGCCCUCUAAUUUCAUAUCACAAAUACAAAAUCUACUUUCUGUACACUGUUUUAAAUUACAGCUGACAGUAUUUUUCAAUGACACAGGUGUUCGAAGACGCAGAUAGCUAAUUAGCACAGGUAGUUGACUGUCUUCUGUCUGUUGUCCGUAAACAAGCGCUGUAACAUGGAAAUAUGGCCAUUUGUGAACCCUAUAAAGGUGUGUAGCAAUUUAACCUUUUUAUUAUUUCUCGCUGAUAUGAAAGAUGCGUACCUUAUGUUUCGAAAACCAUACCGUAAGUGACGCAUGUUAACGUUCAGAACGAGUGUUGGGGCUCUUAAUAAAACUCCCCCAGCCAGAAGAUCCUAUCGUCAAUGGGCGCUAAAGGUAGUUGGCGUCUAUGAAUGGAUUAGCGGUUGCCUAGAGGGUAAGAGGCUGCAUUCAGUAGGUAGUAUCUCAUGCUGUGCGAGGUUGGACUGACCGGGCCUGCUUAUACUAUGGCAGCUGUGUAAUCCCUUAGCCUCUGCUUGAAUCCUGCCAUUGUUGCUAACGACAAAUGCACCAUAGCCUCUUACAAGGAAGGGCUUUGCAGCAGGAUGAAGCUUGUCAGUUUGCUUACUGUUUUGAAGUGGCUCACAUGGUGAUUUCGGGGACUUUUCUGUGAUGUUUUUGACUUCUGAACACAGAAGUAGGUUCUGAUAGGAUGAAAUUCAAAGACUUGAAAUGGACAUGGAUCACAACUGCACGAUGUGUAGCCAUGGAAAUGCAUAAUGUAAGUGGGUGUGUGUAUAGCACCAGUGUUUGGUGUUUCCUGCCCGCUGAUGCCAGGUCAGUAGUAACAUCCUGAUGCAUUUGUCUGACUGCAGGUAGCGAGGCAGACUUCAGCUCCUCCAGCAGCACGGGCAGCCUGAAGAGAGGGGGGAGCCUGGCCCACAACUCAACAGGGAAGAAGAUCUCCUCACGCAGGUGAUAUAUGGGGUGGCUCUGGUUCUGUUUCUCUACUGCCUCUGUUCUAAAAGCAGGCACUCCAUUCUCUUACACCACUAGUGGGUGUCAUACUUAAAGGGCCAGUUUCCCAGACCCUGAUCCUAAACUAAAAUGCACUUUAAACAAAAAAAAUGUAAUUGGGUCUGGGAAACUGUUCCAAAAACUAUAGCUAUGCUAUUUCUUUAUUGCUGUAUUUUGUUUUUUCAAUGAUAAAUGGACAACAUUACAAGACUAGUUAUGUCUUCUCAUUAGCUUUACCUAACUACUACAUGUCUCUUCCCGCAGUCGUGGUGCCCACAUCAGGAGCCUCCCGGUUUUCAAGCUGGCAGGGAGCCCCUCAGCAUCCCGCGAUGCAAAGCUCUACGCCCCGUACAGGACAGUCCCCUCAUCCACCAACAGCAGCAGCAACUCCAGCCCCACAGUACCCUCCAGGUAAACAGCCAUGUCAUACCCACACCCCCAUACACUGGCCAGUUCCAGAAACAACCUCCAGCGGUACCCCUUCUGGUAUUUCUUGCCAUAUUGCUUACGUAGACAGGGCCUGGAUCUGAAAUGAUUGGAUAGCUCAAAGCAAUAUGGCAAUAAUUCCACCUAACCUAUCAAAGGACAAGAUCAACUACCAUGUUCCUAUCCUUUCAGAUCAACAUGAAAGAAGGGGCUAGGUGUCCCUUUGUAAUUGAGCGUCUGCUCUGUGAGGGGUGGGCAUUCACUAGUUGGGGCAAGGGUGGAUAGAUUAGGCUCUAUGGCAGGACUGUUUGUCAUCUCCUUAUAAACAGUCUGAAUUGUGUUAUUGUCUGUGUGUGGGUGUCAGUCAAAACCUUGGGUUUAUAGGAGAGGAAGGUCAUGAAUAUUUCAUCGUAACUCAGUCGAUAGCCAGACUGGCUUGCCUGACUGCAUCCCUGCCUUUUUUUCACUUACUGUCUCUCAUUUGUGGUAGUGCUGCUGGGUUCUCAUGUUGCUAUGUGGCAGAAUAUUCACUCGAGGGAUCCUGUGCUGCCAUGACAGCAGCACUGCACGAGCAAGCUCAACCUUGCCGUUCUGCUCUGACUAUAUAAAAUAACUAACCAGCGCCCUCUUGAAUUCAGCCCACAGGCUUAAUGUGAGUCAUUCUCUAUGCAACACAAUCCCUACUUAUGUAUCUUAUGCGGACGUAUAAACGUCCAUGACUGCAUUUUUGUUUCUAGAGUCAUUUUAUUGCUACAGGAUUUUUUUUGUUCUUGUUCCCCUCAGCUCUCUUCUGGCUGGCUGGGUUUCGUGUGGUGUCCUUGUUCUCUCGCUACCUUCUGCUAGCCUGUUCUAUUUCUGGCAGGGAUGCAGAGCGCUCACAUCAAAGCACAAGUCCCAUUUUGAUGCUAGGAUCUAGUGCUAGCUUUUAAGCCUGUUUGUAAGAGGGGCUGCUCUGCAUAUUAGCCAAAUCCACCCUCUCAUCCUCAGACACACAAAUGUGUUUCAUCAAUCCUCUUUGAACCUGAGGAAGACCUGAUCACAGGUAUAUUCCAGAACUGCUCAUGUACAAUUGAAGGUUAAUGUACUUGUAUUAAUUUUAAAGACGUUUUAGGCAUUUCAGGGAAUUCUCAGGCAGAAACGCUGUUACCUUGUAGACUAGAGCCAAGCAAAUGUAAUUUGGGCUUUCCCUCCCAAUUAAUUGUUUUCCUAUCCAGCCUUUGACCAACCUGGCAUUUUAGCUUUUUGCAGCAUGAAGUCUGCUGGUUGGUCAGUCCGUGUCCUGAAAGUGACAUCCCCAGUCAGACACAAUCGACUAAGUAAUAACCUUGCCCGGCAGUGUUUUCUCUCUAAAACAAGCUAUUUUGAGCUUUGCGUCGUGCAAGUUGCACCAAUCACAAUUUUUUUUCAUGGCCUAGUUCCUUCCCCACAGAACUGAGGGAGUCUGCUUUAGAUGGGGCUCAGCACUGUUCAUGUUACUGAACACAGUACAGGAUGGUGUGUACAAUAUAUGGGGUGUCCUCUUCCUCAGAUGUCUCACCAGCAGAACAUACAGUAUGUGACUCAGGGCUAACGUGUAAUUUCCUGUCUCCUCCCCCCAGAAGGAUGACCCCCGUACGAUACCACUCCUGUGGGGACAACCAUGGCAUCAGACCCCCCAACCCAGAGCAGUACCUCACCCCCCUGCAACAGAAGGAGGUGGCCAUUCGCCACCUGAGUAGCAAGCUGAGGGAGGCGGAGAACACCGUCCACGACAGGUUACCUUCUCAGUGUACAUCUCAUGUUUAGCUUAUUUCCUAAAUGCAUUCCAACUACAGUGUAGCCAAACAUUGCAAUUCCAUUCAGCUGUAACUAUUAGCUAACCCUCUUUUCCCCCUUAGGGAGUCUGAGAUCGAGGAGCUCAAGUCCCAGCUGGGACGGAUGAGGGAGGACUGGAUCGAGGAGGAGUGCCACCGUGUAGAGGCGCAGCUAGCCCUGAAGGAGGCACGCAAGGAGAUCAAGCAGCUUCGGCAGGUGGUGGAGACCAUGAAGAACAGCCUGAUGGAGAAGGACAAGGGCAUCCAGAAGUACUUUGUCGACAUCAACAUCCAGAACCGCAAGCUGGAGUCCCUGCUGCACAGCAUGGAGAUGGCCCAGAGCGGCUCCACACUGCAAGACGAGCCAACUAUGGACUUCAUCUGUGGCGACUCCGACUCCCCUGUCAAAGACAAGCAGUGGGAGGUGGGUGACCAGGCGGCGGAGGAGAUGGCGGACAGUGGGCUGCUGGUCAACGACAACCUGGAGCACGUGCUCAUGUCCACGGCGGUGGACUCCAGCCAGGACUCUAGCGGUAAGCUGCGCUGCCACCCAGAGGCUGGUCUGGGGGUGUCCACUCUUCUCCACAGCCUGGAGGAGGAGAAGAUCACACCACUGCCUCCACCACCCUCCUCCAACACGUUCUGCUACAGCACACUCCCCUUCCCUGCUCCAGAGGAGAAGGCCGUUCAGACCGAAGGUGGCGUCAUUCCCUCCUGAUCUGCACGCCCUCCUGCUGCAGCUGCUGAAGCUCCAUGGUGGUGCAGUUGGAGACGCUCUCCUCCCAGCUUCUACCAGCCUCCUAGAAAUCCCAGCACUGCAGGGCCCAGACUCGGCCCCUAUCCUGUCCACUCCUAACCAGUCCACUUUAAGCCUGCCCAGUCCCAGCCAGCCCACCCCAGUUCUGCCAGUGAGCCCUGACAUGUCCAGUGAUUCAGGGCUGUGUUGCUCAGACCCCGAGGUGGUGAUUUCCAUGCGCUUCAUGGAGGAGCUGGAUUUUGAGGUGAGAAGCGAGGAGCCCUGCAGGGCCCCUGAGAUGGACGUGGUCAACAAACGCUAUUGGAGCAGCAGCUUCCUUGUUGAUCUGGUUGCUGUGGCUGUACCAGUGUUGCCCACGGUGGCCUGGCUGUAUUCCCGGCAUGGCGUGGAUGGGGCAGCACCAGUCUACAACAUCGCAGCGCUGAUCCGUGGCUGUUGCAUCAUGGGAUUGCACUCUCUCCGUCACGUCACUCCUCCUCAUGUGGCAGAUGUGUAA